UUGAUAUACUUCAUUUAAAUGGAACUAUGGCGUCAAAGCUUUUGGGCGUAUGCUUCGUUUUCAUCGCUCUGAAUUUUUGUGAAACUUAUCUAAAUGGAAUUUGCACAAGGACUGAAUGGACAAGUGUUCCCAGACAGGUGAUGAAAACAAGAUCAGUGAAGUAUCAAAAGAAGCCAUGCUUUUUCAGAUGUUGGAAUACGAGACGAGAGUAUUAUAAAGUUACGGAGAACCAGAGGCAACGACGUGUUUUAUAUGAAUGCUGCAAAGGUUACAUACAAAUUGGAAUAAGCUCUAAGUCAUUCCCACAAUGUGUUCCACAAUGUGAACCUUCGUGCAGAAAUGGGACGUGUAUAAGUCCAAAUAGAUGUGAAUGUCAUCCAGGAUAUAACCUUCAAUAUGGAACAUGUUUACCAGUUUGUUCUUGUGACUUUGGAACUUGUGUGGAACCAUGGUCCUGCGAAUGCUUUACUGGAUAUAGGAUGACCGCUGUCAAUGUAUGUUCUCCUGUAUGCUCUAGUGGAUGCUAUAAUGGAACUUGUGUUAGUCCAGACGUCUGCAAAUGUGAUGAUGGAUGGGAACUGAUAAAUGGAAAUACAUGUGUUCCAAAAUGUUCAACUUCAUGUCAAAACGGCACCUGUGUAGCUCCGGAUACAUGUGAAUGUGAUUCAGGAAAUGAAUUCGUUAAUGGAUCAUGUCAAAUAAUUGAUACAGAGGCGAACACUUCUGAAACAACAACAAAUUCAGAUAACGAGGAUUAUGAAAAUGUCACAGAAGCUGAGCUAUCAGAUGAUCCAAUAGAUAAUACGACUGUGUCUAAUGAUUGUUUAAAUGAUAGUUGUUCGAGUACGGAAAAGAACAAAGAAGAACAUAGUUAUUUUAAUGUUACUUCUGAUUUAGCCCAGCCAUAUGAAGAUCACAAAGCCCUGGAUUGGAUAUAUUACUAUGUGAUUCCUGCUUUGGUUCUCAUUUUGAUCCUCAUCAUAAUUCUGGUAUGGAAAAAAACAUCAAUAUCUAAUCAUUUCACUGGAGGUAGUUAUAUUGUAGAAGGUGAUAAGAAAAGUGCUCCAAACAACAUAAGAUUAUCUGAUAUAGCAGAGAUCAAAGGGAAGGAUAAAAGCAAUUGGUGUUACGAUGAAAUUUAAUACUUAUUCUUUUAUACAUUAUCACGAAAGUAUACACAGGUGGAUAGAUUAUAUAUUUAACAUCGGAAUGAAAACAAAUGAUGAGAAAACUAAAACCCUGCUAAAUUAUGCAGGUACAAAAAUAGCUUAUUUCCAUGAUAAAAGACAGACAACUACUUUUAUUUAACUAGAUCUCAAAAAACUGGCUUUUCUCAGUGUUAAAUAAUUCAAAGCAUUUCUACAAACUUCGGUAAACUUCAAUAUAUUGUUAUAGUUCUUUAAGCACUUUGAAGCAAAUGCA